AUGUUAAAAUUUUUGAUCAUAUUAAUAACAAUCCCGUCCUUAUUGGCUGACACUUGGGACUCCAAACCCUACAAGAGAGAAGAGUAUGUGGCAACAAUACAUAGGAGGACGCCUAUACCAAUAUGGCGGAGAACACCUUCAUCAAUAUUUCCUAACAGAGAUAAAGAUACUUCAGAGGAAAUACCAAUUUGACGGAAAACACCACCACCAAUGGACGCUAAAACCGG